AUGGGAUUUUAUUGGAUUAGUUCGGAAACCGUAUCAUUAAAAAAAGGUCGAGGAAAUUUGCCUAAAUCUAAAUCGAAAUCUACAUCGAACGAGGGACAACCAAUCGAUGUGAUUAUUUGCAAUAGCACAUCAUAUGUUGAAUUAUUAUAUUUAGCUUUCAGAUAUGAUCCAAUAUUUACCCAGAUCUAUUCUUCCACCAACGAAUUACGACCAAUAUCAUUAUGGAAAGCAAUUAAUCAGAUAAGCUCUUAUCCGGAACUUGAACCAUCAUCUCCAGGCAUUAAAACACUUGAAUUUUCAAGACUGAUCAAUGAUGAUUAUAUUAAAAAUUCAAAAAGACCAAUUGUUAUUUUUCCAGAAGGAACUACAUCAAAUGGAAAAGCGUUAUUAAAAUUUAUUCCAAUAUUUAGAGAUUUAACUUUGCCAUCGAUAAAGAAUAUCAUCAAUAUUCAUAUUAUUUCAGUAAGAUAUGAUUAUAAUAAUUUUUCACCAACUAUUCCUGUUGGUAAUAAACUUUGGCAUUUAGCAAGACUUUGUGGCGAGUUUAAAAAUACAUUAAAGGUCAGAUUUUUAAAUCCAGAAGAAUCGCCAUCUUCGCCCAACUUUAACGAAUCAUCGACACUCUCACAAUCAGCGUCUUCUUCAAUAUUAAAACAACAACAAUACAAACAAGACGAAGAAAUAGAUAAGGUUGGAUUCCAAAUUAUAAAUUUGUUGGGACAAUUAAGUAGAUUUCGUAAAACUAAUUUGGCAAGACUUUGUGGCGAGUUUAAAAAUACAUUAAAGGUCAGAUUUUUAAAUCCAGAAGAAUCGCCAUCUUCGCCCAACUUUAACGAAUCAUCGACACUCUCACAAUCAGCGUCUUCUUCAAUAUUAAAACAACAACAAUACAAACAAGACGAAGAAAUAGAUAAGGUUGGAUUCCAAAUUAUAAAUUUGUUGGGACAAUUAAGUAGAUUUCGUAAAACUAAUUUGGGUGUAGAAGAUAAAAAACAAUUUUUAGACUAUUAUUAUGAUCGAAAAUAUUAA